AUUCUGUCCUGGAUCAGACAGAGGACAGUCUGCUGUCUCUGAUUGGACAAACUGGAGGACUUAUUUGCUGUCUGGAGGACACAAAAUCUGGAUUCUGGUUCUGGAGUGAUCCAUAAUCUCUGCACUGCUUCAAAGCUCCAUGUGUGUGAGCUGAUGUGAACUGAGCAGCAUGGAUCAGUGUGAGGACAGAGAGGACAGAGUCCCUCCCUCUAAAACCACUCUGUGUGGAGAACAUGAGGACCAGAGCAAAGUUCAGAGGAAACGAUCAGAACCAGAACCUGAACCCAGCUGUGUGUCCUUAAAGAGCAACUGGUCAAAUGAUCAGCCUAUUAUUAAUUUUAAAUCAUCCCAACGUUCAGCUGCAAACAGGAUCCAACAGACCCUCAAACCAGAACCAGAACCCAGUUGUGUGUCCUUAAAGAGCGAUAAUUCAAUGGAUCUCCGUAAUGAUUUUAAAUCAGAGCAACCUUCAGCUGCAAAGAGAGUGGACCAACAGAACUCAGAGGUUCCCAGUGGUCCGUCUGCCCAGCAGCAUCAAACACAGCUGGACUCCAUAUUUAUGCUGCUGGAGGACAACAUUGUUACUUUUGUGAAGAACGAGCUGAAGAAGAUCCAGAAGGUUCUGAGUCCAGAUUACCCAAAAUGCUUAGAGAGUCAGUGGGAGGAUGAGGAGGUGUUGGAAGGUGAGGAUGAAGAGCAGAGGAGGAGCAACAGAGAUUAUUUUGUGAAGAUCACACUGAACUUCCUGAAGAAGAUGAAGCAGGAGCAGCUGGCUGGACGUCUGCAGAGCAGACUUCCCUCAGUUUGUCAACAUAAACUUAAAUCUGGUCUGAAGAAGAAGUUCCAGUGUGUGUUUGAGGGGAUCGCUAAAGCAGGAAGUCCAACCCUUCUGAACCAGAUCUACACAGAGCUCUACAUCACAGAGGGAGGGACUGGAGAGGUCAAUGAUGAACAUGAGGUCAGACAGAUUGAAACAGCAUCCAGGAAACCACACAGACCAGAAACAACCAUUAGACAAGAAGACAUCUUUAAAGUCCCACCUGGAAGAGAUCAACCAAUCAGAACAGUGAUGACAAAGGGAGUGGCUGGCAUUGGGAAAACAGUCUUAACCCAGAAGUUCACUCUGGACUGGGCUGAAGACAAAGCCCACCAGAACAUCCAGUUCAUAUUUCCAUUCACCUUCAGAGAGCUGAAUGUGCUGAAAGAGAAAAAGUUCAGCUUGGUGGACCUUGUUCAUCACUUCUUUACUGAAAUCAAAGAAAUCUGCAGCUUUGAACACUUCCAGGUUCUGUUCAUCUUUGAUGGUCUGGAUGAGAGUCGACUUCCUCUGGACUUCCACAACAAGGAGAUCCUGACUGAUGUUACAGAGUCCACCUCAGUGGAUGUUCUGCUGACAAACCUCAUCAGGGGGAAACUGCUUCCCUCUGCUCUCCUCUGGAUAACCACACGACCUGCAGCAGCCAAUCAGAUCCCUCCUGAGUGUGUUGGCAUGGUGACAGAGGUCAGAGGGUUCACUGACACACAGAAGGAGGAAUACUUCAGUAAGAGAUUCAGAGUUGAGGAGCAGGCCAGCAGGAUCAUCUCCCACAUGAAGACUUCAAGAAGCCUCCACAUCAUGUGUCACGUCCCAGUCUUCUGCUGGAUCACUGCUACGGUUCUGGAGGAUGUGUUGGAGACCAGAGAGGGAGGAAAGCUGCCCAACACCCUGACUGAGAUGUUCAUCCACUUCCUGGUGGUCCAGACCAAAGUGAAGAAGGUCAAGUAUGAUGGAGGAUCUGAGACAGAUCCACACUGGAGUCCAAAGAGCAGGAAGAUGAUUGAGUCUCUGGGAAAACUGGCUUUUGAUCAGCUGCAGAAGGGAAACCUGAUCUUCUAUGAAUCAGACCUGACAGAGUGUGGCAUCGAUAUCAGAGCAGCCUCAGUGUACUCAGGAGUGUUCACACAGAUCUUUAGAGAGGAGAGAGGGCUGUACCAGGACAAGGUGUUCUGCUUCGUCCAUCUGAGUGUUCAGGAGUUUCUGGCUGCUCUUCAUGUCCAUCGGACCUUCAUCAACUCUGGUGUCAAUCUGAUGGAAGAACAAAAAAACAUUUCUGCUUUGUCUAAUUACAUUUUGUCUUGGUUGAAAUUAUUUUACGAGCCAAAUCUAACAAGUUUCCAUCAGAGAGCUGUGGACGAGGCCUUACAGAGUCCAAAUGGACACCUGGACUUGUUCCUCCGCUUCCUCCUGGGUCUUUCAGUAGAGACCAAUCAGACUCUCCUGCAAGGUCUGCUGACAAAGACAGGAAGUAGCUCACAGACCCAUGAGGGAACAGUUCAGUACAUCAAGGAGAAGAUCAAUGAGAACCUGUCUGCAGAGAAAAGCAUCAACCUGUUCCACUGUCUGAAUGAACUGAAUGAUCGUUCUCUGGUCCAGGAGAUCCAACAGUCUCUGAGUUCAGGAAGUCUCUCCACAGAUAAACUGUCUCCUGCUCAGUGGUCAGCUCUGGUCUUCAUCUUACUGUCAUCAGGAGAAGAUCUGGAUGUGUUUGACCUGGAGAAAUACUCUGCUUCAGAGGAGGCUCUUCUCAGGCUGCUGCCAGUGGUCAAAGCUUCAAACAAAGUUCUAUUGAAGAACUGUAACCUCUCAGAGAGAAGCUGUGAAGUUCUGGCCUCAGUUCUCAGCUCCCAGUCCUCUAAUCUGAGAGAGAUGGACCUGAGUAACAACAAGCUGCAGGAUUCUGGAAUGGAGCUGCUGUCUUCUGGACUGAAGAGUCCAAACUGCAAACUGGAAACUCUCAGACUUAGAUCCUGUAACCUCUCAGGAAGAACUUGUGAAGUUCUGUCAUCAGUUCUUAGCUCCCAGUCCUGCUGUCUGAGAGAAGUUGACCUGCAGAACAACAACCUACAAGAUUCAGGGGAGAAGUUGCCGUCUGGUUCAGACUGUACACUGGAAAUAUUCAGGAAGCCUGCUGGAGUCCGAUGGUUGAAACCAGAUCUGAGGAAGUAUUCCUGUCAGCUCACAAUCGACACAAACACAGUGAACAGAAAACUCCAACUGUCUGAAGACAACAGGAAGAUGACAUGGAUGGAGGAGGAGCUUCAGUCAUAUCCUGAUCAUCCAGACAGAUUUGAUUUCUGGUCUCAGCUGCUGUGUAGUGAUGGUCUGACUUGUCGCUGUUACUGGGAGGUCGAGUGGAGAGGAAGAGUUUAUAUAUCAGUGAGUUACAGAAGAAUCAGGAGGAAAGGAGGCAGUGAUGACUGUUUGUUAGGAUUUAAUGAUCAGUCCUGGAGUCUGAGAUGCUGUGAUGGUGGUUUCUCUUUCUGGCACAGUAACAAAGAAACACCCAUCUCCUCCUCCUCCUCCUCCUCCUCCUCCUCCAUCUCUAACAGAGUAGCAGUGUAUGUGGACUGUCCUGCUGGCAUUCUGUCCUUCUACAGAGUCUCCUCAGACUCAUUGAUCCACCUCCACACCUUCAACACCACAUUCACUGAACCUCUUUAUCCUGGAUUCUGGAUCUGUUCUGGUUCCUCAGUGUUUCUGUGUUGAGUCUAAAGAGUCUCCUCCUGUCAGAGAAACACUCUCACUGUUGAACAGAUAGUUCAGUCUCUACAUGUCUGUCUCUUUCACUCAGAAACAUUUUCAUAUUCAGUUGGUUUCUUUCUGAAACUCUUGGAAAAGAUUCCUUGUAAACUUCGUCCUCUUCCAGUCCUUUAAAGAUGGUUCUUUACUGGUUCUUUACAGGUUCUUUACGUCUCUUCCAGUAAAUGUUUGAUUCUGGCUCUUAAUAUCACCAUCAGAAGAAGUUUUAACAUUUCUAUCUCCAAUCUUUUCUGUCAUGUUUCUUGUUUGUGUCACUAAUGUAGUUUUUCUUCAUCUGAUCUGAAUAGUUUUGUACUUUAGUCCCAGAUAAACAGGCUGCCUCCUCAGGAUCUGUGGGCUGUGAAGCUCAGGGUUUCUGGAACUGAUUUGUGAUGAAAAAUGAUGACGUGAGUGGAGCUGCUGUUUUAACUGCCCAGGUGGUUGUUCAGUUCCUCACUGUUAGUAUCUGCUAUGUUUUAAUGAGCCAGAUCAGUUCACAAUAUGACUUCUGAUGAGACUGUUCCUAAAAGAAGAAUCAUUCCAGACUAUCUGUGGCUGAACUGCAGAUGAUGGAAAUGUAAAUAUUGGAGAAUAAAACAGUAUUUGCUACCAGU